UUAUGCUUUCGGUGGCCGAAAUUCAAUCUUUGGUUGCCUUCGGUCAAUCAGUCGCUGUCGGCUGUCGGUGGCCAUAGGCCAUCGGUUUAAAACAGUUUAUACCGCAAUUGGUCUGCUAUCAGAGAAUGUGCUUUCUGAAAUUUUAGUGUCGCAACAUUCGCUAUAGACGAGGAACGCGUCUCAUCUCGCUUUUUUCUGGCUAAAAUCGACGAAUUGACAGACGAUGGCAUCACUUAGAUUAUUUGUAGCAGGGGCAAGUGUCGUAGGUGCUGGUACUCUCACUUCACACUUUCUUUUGUCAGAUACUACAGUACACGCUGAAAAGGGAAAACCAAGGCCGCCUCGAAGGACUUUACCAACACGAGAGGAUCAAGUAAAGACUUUAAAGUCGCAAGAGUACGAUGUAUUGAUAAUCGGAGGUGGUGCGACAGGGGCAGGAUGCGCUCUGGAUGCUUGCACGCGAGGUUUGAAGACUGCAUUGGUCGAAGCCGACGACUUUGCAUCUGGGACUUCUUCCCGAAGCACAAAGUUAAUUCACGGCGGUGUACGAUAUUUGCAAAAAGCCAUCAUGCAAUUGGACAUCGAGCAAUACAGAAUGGUAAAAGAAGCACUUCACGAACGUGCGUCGAUGCUGCAGAGCGCACCGCAUUUGGCGCACCCAUUACCCAUUAUGCUGCCAGUUUAUACAUGGUGGCAGAUUCCUUAUUAUUGGUUCGGCAUUAAGAUGUACGAUCUGGUAGCAGGUAGCAAAACAGUGAAGUCGUCGUACUAUCUGAGUAAAUCAAACGCUUUAGAACUUUUUCCGAUGCUGAAAGGCGACAAACUGACGGGAGCUAUUGUCUACUACGAUGGCCAGCAAGACGAUGCUAGAAUGAAUUUGGCAAUCGCUCUGACAGCUUCAAGACAUGGGGCGACAGUUGUAAAUCACGUUAAAGUGGUUAAUCUGCUGAAAGGUCUCGACAAGGAUGGCAAACGUGUCCUCGUGGGUGCUCACCUCAAGGAUGAACUUACGGGAGAGGAAUGGGACGUAAAGGCUAAGGCGAUAAUCAACGCGACUGGCCCCUUUACCGAUCAUAUCAGAAAGAUGGACGAUCAGAACGUUCAGUCUAUCUGCUCUCCGUCUUCUGGAGUUCACAUAGUGCUGCCAGGAUAUUACAGUCCCGACCAGAUGGGUCUACUCGAUCCAGCGACGAGCGACGGCCGUGUUAUCUUCUUUUUGCCAUGGCAAAAGCAAACUAUUGCGGGAACGACCGAUCUACCAUGCGAGGUAACGCAUAAUCCUCGGCCCACAGAAGACGAAAUCAUGUUCAUCCUACAGGAAGUAAAAAACUAUUUAAAUCCUGACGUCGAGGUACGCCGCGGGGACGUUCUCUCCGCCUGGAGCGGUAUCAGACCGCUCGUUUCCGAUCCGAACAAACCAAACACGCAAUCGCUUGCCAGAAAUCAUAUCGUGCACGUUAGUCCUACGAAUCUCAUCACGAUAGCAGGCGGCAAAUGGACGACUUACCGAGCGAUGGCUCAAGAAGCUAUUGACGCGACCAUAAAAGCUUGCGACUUACAACCAGAAAGACCUUGCCAAACCGAUGGCUUCCUUCUGGAAGGUGCUCAGGGUUGGAGUCCUACAAUGUACAUUAGAUUGGUGCAGGACUUUGGUUUAGAAUGCGAAGUCGCGCAACACUUGUCUAAGAGCUACGGAGAUCGUGCGUUCGCCGUAGCUAAAAUGGCUUCUCUGACAGGGAAACGGUGGCCGAUUAUUGGAAAAAAGAUUCAUCCGGAAUUCCCAUACAUCGAUGCUGAAAUACGUUACGGUGUACGAGAAUACGCUAGAACUGCGAUCGAUAUGAUCGCGCGUCGGUUAAGACUCGCUUUUCUCAAUGUGCAAGCAGCUCAAGAGGCAUUGCCAGUCAUCAUAGAUAUCAUGGCCGAGGAGUUGCAUUGGUCGACGGAGGAGAAGAAGAAGCAACAUCGUGAGGCCAGCGAAUUUCUCGCACAGGAAAUGGGUCAAAUGGUGAACCGUGCUUCUCGUGACAAGAUUCCCAUCAAUCUCACCAAAGACGAGAUCCAGCUCUACAUCAAGCGCUUUGGAAUUAUAGACAAGGACAAAAAGGGAUAUGUGUCUAUUAAUGAUAUUCGACGAGGAUUAAAGGUAUUAGGUAUAAGAAUGAACCAGGACGAGAUGCACAGCUUGUUGAAUGAAAUUGAUCUUACUUACAACGGUCAAAUGGAAUUACAAGACUACUUGCAGCUCUUUGGAGAUAAGGAAGUACCGGGUGAAGAACUUCACGAAAUUCUACGCGAAAUCGACACCAAUAUGAAUGGUCAAGUUGAAUUGGAUGAAUAUCUUCAGAUGAUGUCAGCUAUAAAGUCUGGUCAUGUGGCAUAUUCACGUUUCGCACGGAUGGCUGAAAUGGAGGAAGCGCAGCACGAAAAAGAAAUGCUCAAGAAACAAAUAAGUGUCGAGAGAUCGGGUGGAGGACUGUGAAGAGAAACCCAUCUCCUUAUAGGCUGCAAAGUUUUGAAAAAUAUGUUUGUUUUACAUCCGUGUUUGAUUUGACGUUUCAUCAUAUGUAUUUAUUAUAGAGUACAAGUACAUCGAAUCAAGCGCACAUACGUUUAUCUGUGUAUGUGCACCAAAAUCAACAAUCAAAUAAUCUCUUACAAAAAAUAAAAGUCAUGAAUAUAAUAAUUAGAAAACUAUACAAAUAAGUUUAAACUACACAAGCAAUUUGAUAUUAAAUAAUUCACAACACUCUGACUAGAACUUUAUCGUAUCUUCUCUUUACAUGCAUCCUCCACAUGUAGAUUUUUAUCAAUAAACAAAAUUAAAAUUACAUGUAUGUAUUCAUGCACACCAGUAAUUAAAAUUGUGUGUGUGUACACAUAUUUUAAAGGAAAAAUUUUAAAUCUGUCUAAGACUUUCUUUGUAAUGCGGCGUGCAUGUUUUACUGCAUUACGUAUUAUGUACAAAUUACAAAAUAUUCAUAUUCUAUUUGUAUUAUAUAUAUACAUAUAUGCAUGUACUGAUGCAUUAUAGAAAGUAUAAUUGUAUUCUAUUCUUGUAACGAGAGUGUACUCUAUGUAACAUAGGAACUUUACCAUGCUGAAUUGUUGUACAAUAUUUAUAUAUAAUAUUUAUAGUAUUUACAAUUGUACACGUUAUGUAUUAUUUAAUUCAAAAUCAUUGCUCCCUUUCGCCGAUAUUUAUCUGAAUUAAGAAUUGUGAAUAUAACGCAUUGUAAAAAAUGUUUCUAGUAUGUUAAAGAAAUCUUGUCAUUCAAUUUUUGAAACUAAACUUAUAAAUAAUUACACUAUUAUUUACAUUAUUAAACUUAAAUAAUAGCUUACACUAUUAUUUAUAUUAUUAAACUUAAAUAAUAGUUUACACUAUUAUUUACAUUACUGUGUAUCUCUAUCUUGUCAGUUACAUAUAUUAAGAUUGUAUAAAUUAUGGAUAUUGUAUAUUGCAAGAUUACUUAAUUUAUUAUCGUUGAUGCGAUUGAUAAGCAUGUUGUCUCGUCAUGAAUUAUUUCAUAAUUGUCACAUCAAUAAAGUUGAUGUCGAGC